AACCCCAUUUUCUCUCUCCUUUCUCUUUCUUUUUGUUUCAUUCCUCCGUCUCUUUCUUGAUCCAUGCCAGAAGGAGAAAAUAAUAAUAAUAAUAAUAAUAAUAAUAAUAAAACCAUUGAAGAUAUAUCGAUUAACUAUUGAAUUCUUGAAUUUUUCUUGCUUGGAUGCUUAGAUAUAGAAGCCCAUUUUAUCAUUAUCGUUGUUGUUAAAUCUCCAAUGCGGUCUUUGAGAAGGCCACAAACAAGGGAAGGACAAAGAGGCAAAUAUCAUAACAGGAAAACCAAGAAAGGAAAUCUUAUCUGUGAAGAGGAAACUAUUAAAGAUAGCUGUGGAUCUGAUGGUGGGUGGGGUAUUGCUGGGAGGGAAGGAGGUAGAAUUCGUUGCUUUUGUGGUUGCCGCAGCUAGGUUUGUAGUGGUGGGGCUGCAUAGGAAAGGAAUAUGCAGCUUCACAUCUCUCCUAGCAUGAGAAGCAUCACUAUAUCUUCGAGCAGCAACAAUGGAUUUAUUGACUCAAUGAAGAUCAAAGUCGCAGCUCGCCAUAUCUCUUAUCGAACCCUUUUUCAUACUAUACUCAUUCUUGCUUUCUUGUUACCUUUUGUAUUCAUUCUUACUGCUGUGGUUACGCUUGAAGGAGUCAAUAAGUGCUCCUCAUUUGAUUGUUUAGGUAGGCGGUUAGGACCAAGGCUUCUUGGAAGAGUAGAUGAUUCAGGGAGGCUUGUGAAAGACUUUUACAAGAUACUCAAUCAAGUAAAAAAUGAGGAAAUCCCAGAUGGUGUAAAGCUUCCGGCUUCUUUUAAUCACCUUGUUUCUGAAAUGAAGAACAAUCAGUAUGAUGCAAGGACAUUUGCGUUCAUGUUGAGGGCUAUGAUGGAAAAAUUGGAAAGAGAAAUUAGGGAAUCUAAAUUUGCAGAGCUGAUGAACAAACACUUUGCUGCAAGUUCCAUCCCCAAAAGUAUCCACUGCCUCUCUCUUCGUCUGACUGAUGAAUAUUCUUCCAAUGCUCAUGCACGUACACAGUUGCCUUCUCCAGAGUUCCUUCCUUUACUCUCUGACAACUCAUACCACCACUUUGUCCUCUCAACUGAUAACAUUUUGGCUGCAUCAGUUGUUGUCACUUCUACUGUCCAGUCAUCUCUAAAGCCUGAUAGGAUAGUUUUUCACAUCAUAACUGAUAAGAAAACUUAUGCGGGUAUGCAUUCAUGGUUUGCGCUAAACCCAGCCUCCCCUGCUAUUGUUGAAGUGAAGGGUGUUCACCAGUUUGACUGGUUAACAAGAGAGAAUGUUCCAGUGCUUGAAGCAGUGGAGAAUCAUAAUGGUAUCAGGGAUUAUUACCAUGGGAAUCAUAUUGCAGGGGCAAAUCUUAGUGAUACAACACCACGGAGAUUUGCUUCUAAAUUGCAGGCUAGAAGUCCGAAAUAUAUAUCAUUACUUAACCAUCUUCGGAUAUACAUACCUGAGCUCUUUCCAAACCUCGACAAGGUGGUGUUUUUAGAUGAUGAUGUUGUAAUUCAGCAUGAUUUGUCUCCACUUUGGGAAAUUGACCUUAAGGGAAAGGUCAAUGGAGCUGUAGAAACUUGUAAAGGUGAAGAUGAGUGGGUAAUGUCCAAGCAUCUCAAGAACUACUUCAAUUUUUCACAUCCCCUCAUAGCAAAGAAUUUGGACCCUGAUGAAUGUGCAUGGGCUUAUGGAAUGAAUAUAUUUGAUCUCCAUGCAUGGAGGAAAACGAAUAUAAGAGAAACCUACCAUUCUUGGAUGAAAGAGAACCUGAAGUCAAACCUGACGAUGUGGAAACUCGGAACCCUACCACCGGCUUUGAUUGCAUUUAAAGGUCAUGUUCAUCCAAUUGAUCCAUUCUGGCAUAUGCUUGGACUGGGAUAUCAGAACAAUACAAAUAUCGAGAGUGUAAAGAAGGCUGCAGUUAUUCACUACAAUGGUCAGUCUAAACCUUGGCUGGAAAUUGGCUUUGAGCAUCUACGACCAUUUUGGACCAAGUAUGUGAAUUACUCUAAUGAUUUUAUAAGGAACUGCCACAUCCUGGAUUCAGUUUGAUUAACCAUAGGGGCUAGAGCUAUUAUUGAAAUGGAAAAAACAAGUGAUUUCAGGUGCCAUGUAAGUUUUUUCAUGAUUGAGAAUUUUCUCAAGGUCUACUUGAGAAGGCAAGUAGAAAAUCAUACAGAAGGGGGCAGAGUUUCAGGUCUGAAUUCACUGUCAUACCUCGUUCCUUUGCAGAAAAUGGCUGCGUCACCAGCACGGGCAUGGGAUUCUUUCUUUCAAUCUUUAACAUAGCAACCCAUCAUUUUUUUUCUUGGUUGAAAUAUGGAUACUAUCAGUGGGCUUCCUGCAGAGAGUCUAUCUAGCCUGAUUUCCUGGCACAUAUAUUAGAAUAAAGCAAGAUACACGUGUUAGAAAGUGCAUAUGCCAAUGCAUCAUACUGCUUGGUACAGGGAAGAGGAAGACUAGGACAGGCCUCUAGUGAGGGCUCAAGUAUUGGUCUAGAAAUGUUUCUUCCCUUCGUUUUUUUUCCUCGUUUUUUUUGCUAGCACCUCCCCCUUUUUUUCCUCGUUAAUUCGAUAUCAUCAAGGUGAAACUUAGUAGUAGGUAAUGGAGAUUGCUUUGUUACAGGACCUAUUGAAUUGGGGAACCUUUUAGGUUAUAUAUCAGUAUUUGUUAUGUACGAUUCAUGAGAAACAUUAAAAUGCGCAGAAAAUUCUUUUUUUUUUCU